AUGCCCUCUAAUAUUGAUCUGUUGAUUAUAGGCGCUGGCCCAGCAGGACUGAUGGCCGCCAGCUGGGCCUCCCACUAUAGCAUGACGACGCGCAUUAUCGACCAGAAACGCGGCCGGACACCCACGGGCCACGCAGACGGUAUCCAACACCGAACAAUGGAAAUUCUGAACAGCUUCGGAAUUGUUGAUCCCAUUCUGCGGCACGGCGUCCAUGAUGUCGAAAUGUGUUACUGGGGCCCAAACAAAGAGACCGGGCACAUUGAACGACGAAAGCGGUUGCCAUCUCAGCCGGGAAAUCUCUCUCAGUUUGGACAGAUGCUAUACAAUCAAGGCCAGAUUGAACAGGUCCUGCUGGACUAUAUCGCCCAACAAGGUCGCAUUUCCGUAGAAUGGAACACCAAAGCCGAAGGGUUGGAAUUUGUCCCCAAUGAUGAUUCUGAGGCUGACGCCAAUUUUCCCGUCCUUGUGAAGGUGAGAGACUCUCGCGGUAAGACCGAAGUAAUUCGUCCGCGAUAUCUCAUCGGGUGCGAUGGCGCCCAUAGCUGGACGAGAGAGCAACUCAAGGUCCCGAUGGACAGUCACUCGGAGCACUCUACAUGGGGCGUGCUGGAUGUCAUUCCCAUAACAGAUUUCCCUGAUAUCCGUCAAUCCUGCGCCAUUCAGUCCCCAGGUCAUGGUAGCAUCAUGACCGCGCCGCGAGAAGACCGCUUGGUUCGAUUGUACAUCCAGGUGAAAGGCGACGACGAUCCCGAUCAAAAGGCGCAGGAGAACUCGGAAGACACACCAAAAGCGCUCAUCCAGGCUGUAGAGAAAUCGAUGAAACCAUACAAGCUGACAUUCAAGCAUUGUGACUGGUGGUCGAUCUAUCCAGUCGUACAACGCAUGGUUGAGCAGUACAGAAUGAAUGACAGAAUCUUCCUGGCUGGCGAUGCUGCGCAUACCCAUUCACCAAUGGCCGGUCAAGGCAUGAAUGUAUCCAUGCAGGAUGUCUAUAAUCUGGUGUGGAAGCUGGGAGCCGUCCUUACGGGCGUGGCAGAUCUCAUCAUCCUCGAUACAUAUGAGGCGGAACGUCGUCCAGUUGCCAAAGAAUUGAUGGAGAUGGAUUCAGUGCUGGUGCAGGCUUAUGAGCAUGAGGCGAAGGAGACAGGGGAGUUGGAUGAGGUGCGUGACAAAUACUCCGGCUUCAUGUCGGGAGUGCAAGUGACAUACUCGUCGAACAUGCUUGUUGCCAGUGACGAGAAAAGUGGCAACAUGACACGGGCCAAGAAUAUCACCGUGGGCAUGCGAAUACCAUCCUUCCCGGUGGUCAACCAUGCAGACGGUGCGAAGGUGCCUCUAUUAAAUAUUCUUGCAAGCAAUGGGUCCUGGCGUCUGCUAGUUUUUUCCGGUGAUCUGCAACUUUCUGACGCUUGGGAUCACUUGCUCACAUUUGUCAAUGGGUUUAAGCAACGAUCUCAUCUGGCACGUUGGAACCAACGAUACAGUCGGCCACGCCGUCCCCAGGUCGAAAUUGUCCUUGUCCAUGCGAGUCCGAGAGGAUCCUUCAAUCUCUUAGACCUGCCGGACAUCUUUCAUCCCUUUGACGCGGAUCUUGGCUGGGACUACUGGAAGGCGUUUGCCGACGACGGUGCGUACGUUGGAUAUGGCAUUGACAAGAAUGUGGGAUGCCUAGUACUGUGUCGUCCAGAUCAACACGUUGCCUGGGUGGGGGGAAUGGACGAUAUAGCUGGUCUGGAUAACUAUUUUUCGGGGUUCUCAGCGCGGCCAACUGGCAAACCUGGUCGGUUUGAUAACGCCUGA